UGUUCAGCGUCGUCGUCGUGAGCAGCUGGGCUCGAACCCGCGCCGUGUGGAUUAAAAUUAUGCUUUUUGUUUUUCCCUCGGCGUAGUUUCGUGGAAAUAGUUUCGGCAAACGGACACGACCGACGACGACGGGUUUCGCGCCGUCGCGGAUUUUUUGGCGUUUUUCGAGCGAUCAAGUGGCGCGCGCGCGCGAAAUUACGCGGAACUUUGGAGGAUCGCUGCAGCGAGAACGCUAACGCUAACGCUCGUGGCUCGUGACCAAGUCCAAAAGGGAAUCUCUGCAGCUGUUCAGCGCGAACCUGACGUGAUCUAAUUGCAGUGUUGAUGGGUAGCAAUUUAGUUGUUUAUGUUAAUUAAAUUAAUUCAAUCGGGAACGUCGACGACAGCCCAUCAUUAGUUCGGGCAAGACACGCAACGCUAACGCCUGGCGAUCAAAACAAAACAACGGCACACGUUGCAGAGAAGGAAGAGGAAGAAGGUGAAUCUGUUGACGGCGUUGGAUGAGUGAUCAAGAUAGUGAUCGAGAGGUGUCCCGCCCUGAAAAAAGGGUAAUUUAGCGUUGGAGUCAACUCCGGCUUCGUAUGUAGUCACGGCUGUAGGACGACGAGGAUCCCUUCUUUGCCGUUGUUCAGUUGUUCAGUUCAUGGAGUUCGUGGAGGCGUGAAGGAAGAAAACCCACUCUGAAGUGACAGAGCACACCGUGUGGAUAAUGCAGGAGGAGGAUGCAGUGCUGCAGUCGCUGGAGCGCACAAAAUGUUGUAAAUUAAAUAAUUAGUUUAUUAGCGCGAAUGUGACGGGCGACAAUUACUGAGGAAAAGACGGGUGAAGUCAGUGAGUGAAGUAGUGUGUGUGUCUGUGGUGGAACACAGUUCCAGCAAAGUGAUUCCUGGUGGUUCAAGCCACCACGAGGAAACGGGGAAAACUUGGUGAUUUGCAACAUGGAUAUGUCCGGAACCAUGUCCGGGGCGAACUCGCUCAACAUGCGGCCACUGUUCAGCGGGUAUCCGUUUCAAGGUCAAGGCCGCGUGAACCAGCUCGGCGGGGUGUUCAUCAACGGGCGCCCGCUGCCCAACCACAUCCGGUACAAGAUCGUCGAGAUGGCGGCGGCCGGCGUGCGGCCCUGCGUCAUCUCGCGCCAGCUGCGCGUCUCCCACGGGUGCGUUUCGAAGAUCUUGAACCGCUACCAGGAGACGGGUUCGAUCCGGCCGGGCGUGAUCGGGGGCUCGAAGCCGAAGGUGGCCACACCGGAAGUGGAGGCCCGCAUCGAAGACAUGAAGAAGAUGAACCCGGGCAUCUUCAGCUGGGAGAUCCGCGAGAAGCUGAUCAAGACCGAUUCGAACGCUCCGGGUUACCUCAGCGCGGACGGCGACCUCCACAGACAGCCAGGCGCAGAGUUCCGGUGUCGUGAGGAAGGUGUGUCCGAUCCACCGAGUGUUUCGUCCAUUAGCCGGUUGCUGCGAGGCGGAAGCAGCGGACCCGGGGACGGUCGCAAGGACGACGAUGGCCGAAAGGAUUACAGCAUUCAUGGGAUCCUGGGUGGUCGCGGUUCCGACUCGAGUGACAUCGAAUCCGAGCCGGGGAUCCAGCUGAAGCGGAAACAGCGCCGCUCGCGGACCACCUUCUCCGGCGAGCAGCUCGAAGCGCUGGAGAAGGCCUUCCAGCGGACCCAGUAUCCGGAUGUGUACACCCGCGAGGAGCUGGCCUCCAACACAAACCUGACCGAGGCCCGCAUCCAGGUGUGGUUCAGCAAUCGGAGGGCUCGCCUGCGGAAGCACGCCGGUUCGCAGAUGUCCGCUCCGCUGGGUUCGCUCCAGUCGAUUCCGAUGAGCCAGUAUCAUCCGGGAGUGUCGGCGGCGGCGGCCGCGGCCCAGGACUCGUACCAGAUGGCAGCUGCGGCGGCAAACUAUGACUACGGCGCGGGGUCGUUCUCGUCCGCCGGCUAUCACCAUCCGGGGCACUUUGGCCCGACCGGGCAAAACUUUGGACCGAACUCGGCGGCGGCAGCAGCCGCCAUGGGAUUCCACCAGAAUAGUCAAGAUUACAUCCCCGCCGAGUACGCCAAAAUGAUGAACGAAGAGUACAACCUGAAACCGGCCCACGAAAGCUCCUCCUCCUCGGUCAAGCUGAGCCCGACGGCGGCCCACGGAGGUGGCGGUGGCAUCGGUUCCGGCCUGUCCGCCGACAGCUACGCGACCAAGCUGAGUUCGGCUGCGGUGGCUGCGGCCGCCGUUGCUGCUUCAGGCAUUGCCGCCACUCCCCAGGAAUCGUCCUGGAGUCAGUCCUAUCCGCCCCAUCCGGGCCAAGGAGGUGGCUACGGGGGUGGUCUCGGCAACAGUUGUCCCUCGACGGGCCCAUCCGGAGGACCGGUCGAAUAUCACCAGAUGCAGCAGGCUUACAGCAACAACAGCCUGGCUGCGGCCAAAUAUUGGUCUUGAUAGGGUUGUCCGUUUGAUAUUCGUUUUUAAACAUGUGAAUUAGUUAAUGAGAAAAAUUUCCUAUUUUUGCAAUAGUUUUACAUUUUUACACAGCAUCCUAAUUAGUAUAAGUUUGAGAACAGCCCAAAAUGUUUAGUUUAGGUUUAAGGUUAGCGACAAGGCUCUCAUUGUUCGGCAUGCAGCAAGGAUAGAUAACUAAAUUCAUCGUUAGGAUUAGGAUUAAUUUGAUAUUUAUUUUAUAUUUUGAGAACAAGCAAUCUUAAAAUUUUAGCACGAUAAGAAAAUAACACAGAUAGAUCUACACUAGCGCAAAGCACAAUUAAGCUCGUUCACCAAAUUAUAUGCAAGUGUUGUAUAGUGAUUUACAAAACCAUCACGCAAAAUCCAGAUAACACAGAUCUGUGUAAAAUUUGACACAGAUCGCCCAAAACCUGGAAUACACAGAAUCUGUGUAAAAGCCUUGUACACAGAUCUGUGUUCAGCCGUUGUCUGUCAAAUCUGUGUAAUUUUUCAACCAUCAAUCUGUGUAAAAUUUUACACAGAUCUGGGUAAUUUUUAUCGUACCUGGUUUUUUUGCCGUUUUUAUAAUUAAAACACGAUUUUCGAUAGAUUUUAAAAAUAAAACAUCAUUUAUUCUCGUUUAUUGACCUAAUAAAUAUACUAACAAAAUAUUUUUGGCCACAUUUGAUGCACUUUUGCCCGUUUUGUGACUGUCGAUUACCGUAAUUUUUGGGCUAGAGUUGGCUUCUCCCGAUAGCGACGAAAAC